CCUUUUCCAACUACACCUGGCUCCCUAACACAGAAGACAUUGCUCUUGGGCUAAGCACAUUAUCCGGAUUCUUGCUGAUCACAAGGUUUCAGCUUUGAGAAAUGUUUUUCAGGUGAUCAGAUGUUGAGGUCAACAUGAACUCACCCAUGUCAAACUCUCAACCCUGCAGGUCACGAAGUACCGUGACACAUGGAUCUAGAUUGGGAUAAUAAUGCCUCUGAUUUUGAGUAACAUCUUGCAUUUAUGAAAAAUUGAGGAUUGCUUUUUUUGUCUUUGGGAUUUGAAGCAUGCAAAAUGGUUGGAAUACACCCUUUUUGUUAAAGCAGUUAGCAUGGAGCAUUCAUAAAUUUCCAGACACACAAUGGGAUUGCCAAGAUUGAACGAUAAAACAUCAUUUUUUUGUCUUUUUUGAACAUGUUUGCAGUUUCAUCCAGUAGCUGUUCAACUUAAAACUCAACUCGAGCACAGAUAGGACUUCAAUGGCUUUGUGAUUGGAAUCUGUCAUUGAGAAACCCAACAUAGAUAUCAAACAGAGGAGUUAUAGCUGUGUGUCACUGAAACGGCUUCAUCUUUCUAAGAAAGAUUCCUCUUAAAUGCCCUCUUGAGGACCCGGUGGCCUCUGUGAUGACCAAAAACCUAUUGGAUUUAUAGUUUCAUUGAGCAGCGGCAAACUCUCGUUUACCUUCCUCAACCCCGGAGUCAAGGAGCUUUUCUCAAGCAAUCAGGCGGUUGGGUGGAAAGCUUCAUCUUGAACGAGUUUCUGACUUCUGCCCCAUGUAGAGACCAGAGCGUUUUCAAACAUGGCUCCCCACUGGAGAGCAGGAGCUCAGGUUUUGGCAGUGACUCUGGGAAUCAUGCAGUGCUGCGGAUGGCUGUCCGCUCAGACCAUAAGGACUAGUGUUGGGAUGAUGGGAAGACGUCCGGAGCCAUGGCCGAUGUCCCAUGAACGGGUGAAGAGGGGAUGGGUGUGGAAUCAGUUCUUCGUCGUGGAGGAAUACACCGGGACAGAGCCGCUUUACGUCGGAAAGAUCCAUUCAGACUCUGAUGAAGGCGACGGCUCUAUAAAGUACACCAUCUCUGGAGAGGGAGCAGGGACUGUCUUCAUCAUAGACGAGGUCACGGGUGACAUCCACGCCACCGAGCGUCUGGACCGAGAGGAGAAGACCUUCUACACCUUACGAGCUCAGGCACGAGACCGUCUGACCGACGCACCGCUGGAACCCGAGUCUGAGUUCGUCAUCAAGGUCCAGGACAUCAACGACAGCGAGCCCAAGUUUCUAGAAGGUCCUUACAUCGGGAGUGUGGCCGAGCUCUCUCCUAUCGGUAAGAGUUACACGCUAUUUAUACGCUUCUGA